AUGCCCAAUCCGAUCAGAGACGAUCUGCUUGUCGUGGAUGACACAUCCUUUCCUUACCUAUUCGAGCAGAACGUCACGAUACCCAUCAAAAGCUUCAAUGCAAUCGUCAGAUGUAACAUAUACAGGCCCAAAACGACAAAGGAGGUCCCCGUAAUCAUGACUUAUGGGCCAUACGGCAAAGACAUUCAUUACAAAGAUUUUCAUGAAAAGUCAUACUCCGAGGUCAAUUCGAAACAUCAUUCGGAGCACUCAUCCUUUGAGACCCCAGACCCUCGCUUCUGGACUGCUAACGGAUAUGCCGUACUGCGAGCAGACGAGGUCGGCCUUGGUCAAUCUCCGGGGAUGCUUGAUACAAUGUCACAGCGGACAAGUGACGCCUUUGCUGAUGUCAUCGAAUGGGCUUCAGAGCAGCCAUGGAGUAACGGCAAGGUCGGCCUCAUGGGAAUCAGCUACUUUGCUGGUAGUCAGUGGCGAGUUGCUGCGCGCCAGCCCAAAGGCUUAGCUGCGAUUAUUCCGACAGACGGUAUGGCUGACUACUAUCGGGACCGAUGUCGACACGGAGGCAUUCUAACUGGAUUCCUCAAAUGGUGGUACGACCGCCAAGUUUUGUCCAAUCAGUACGGACUCGCCGGAAAAGCAAGCCGCAAUUGGGGACCCGAUACGAUCGAGGGAGACCUUCCAGAGGCCGAACUAGCUGCUAAUCGGCGUGAUCAAACAAUCGACAAUGCGCAGCACUUCUAUCGUGAUGACCCCUAUUACUCCUCCCGCGAGUAUAAUCUCGAGGACAUCGUUGUUCCUCUUCUCUCCUUAGGGAAUUGGGGAAGCAUCAUGAUUCACCUUCAUGGGAAUUAUGAGGGGUUCCGUCUGGCCAGUUCAGAGAAGAAGUUUCUUCGCAUGCUUACAGGGCGUCAUGACCUUCCAUUUUAUGAUGAUGAGCACGUUGAGGUCAUGAAGAGCUUCUUAGAUGCCUUCUUGAAAGGCGAGGACAGAGGUGGCUGGACAGAUGGCUCGCGGCCUCCAGUGGAUCUGAUUUUGCGAAAAGGUAAUGUUGGGUACAACAAUUCUGAGGCUGAGAAAGCGUACAAGCGUCGAUUCGAGCACGAAUGGCCUCUUGCACGCACGAAGUACACCAAGUUCUACUUAACAGCAGACCGACAGCUUGUGAAAUCACCUCCAGAGUUGCACUACGGUCGGGUAUCUUAUCAGGCUCUCGGGAACGUUAAUGAACCUCGUUUCGUCAGCUUCCACUCCGAGCCUCUCGAGAGCGAAACAGAACUUACUGGGUAUGUUGUUGCCCAUUUGAACGUCUCAGUGUCAGCAUACCCUGGUGGGACAGUUCCAGCAGACCUGGACCUAUUCCUCACGCUGCGGCAUUUUGGGCCGGAUGGAAAUGAAAUUUAUUACACCGGUAUUACUGGGGAGCCGGUGCCGCUCUCCAAAGGAUGGCAGCGACUCAGCCUUCGCAAAAUCAACAAGGCACAUCCACGACAUCGAGAAUGGCUUCCUCAUCGAGAUUAUUUCUCUACCGACGUACUACCCGUCAUCCCUGGCGAGAUCUACCCUGUGGAUGUGGAAGUCUGGGCUACGAACGUUAUCGCAGAAAAGGGCGAUAGCUUCGUUUUGGAGGUUGCCAGCGGCGAUACUCAGGGCAGUGGCCUAUUUGGUCAUGACACUCCGGAAAGGUAUGUUGUCUAUGCUAGUGCCCUCGAGAAGAUACCUAUACCUAACUAA